AUGGGUUCAAUUCAGGAACAAGCACCAGUGAAGAAGCUGAUGCAAUUGAACUUUUUUGAUAUGGCUUGCGCUGGCAGUCAUAUGCCAUAUGGACAAUGGAAAGAGCCUGGCGACAUGGCACAAUUUAAAGACCGCCUUGAAUACUACCAAUGGCUUGCACAACUUGCAGAAAAGGGCAAAAUCAUCUCAAUCUUCUUUGCGGAUGUUUAUGGCGGUCAUGACGUAUAUGGAGGCAAUAUGGACGUUAUGCUGAAAGGUGGCUCAAACGUUGGAGUCAUUGAUCCUGUUACUAUCGUGGCUGCUAUGGCCGCCGUCACAAAAUCCGUUUCUUUCGGAAUUACGGGUAGCACAAGUUAUAUUGCCCCAUAUAUUUUGGCUCGUACUUGGUCCUCUCUGGAUCAUGUAACACGUGGUCGUAUCGGUUGGAAUGUGGUCACAAGCUAUAGCGAGUCAGCGGCCAAAGCAAUGGGAAAAGACAGAGUUCCUCCAUCUCACGAACGAUAUGAAGCUGCUGAAGAAUAUUUAGAUCUCACUUACCAACUUUGGGAGAAGUCUUGGGAAGAUGGUGCUGCAGUUUGGGGAAGUAAAGAGCAACCUGAUACAGUAUACGAUCCGAAAAAGGUUCACAAAAUCGAAUUCAACGGCAAAUAUCACAAAUGCAGUGCAUAUCACCAGACACAUCCUUCGCCACAGCGUACCCCGGUAAUCUUUCAAGCGGGCGCCUCCAAGUUCGGAAUAGAGUUUGCAGGGAGACAUGCUGAGGGAAUUUAUACUGAUAUGCAGGACAGACCCAGCUUGUUAGCACAUACCAAAGCAGUUCGCGAGGCAGCAGCGCGAAAUGGAAGGAAUCCAGCCGAUAUCAAGUUCUUCGCCGCUGUCACGCCUUUCAUUGGAAGAACCCUAGAAGAAGCUCAGGAAAAGUACCAUAGAGCAAAGAAGAACAUGAAUGGUGAGGUCAGUCUUGCCAAGUUUAGCGCAUACUCUGGCGUAGAUAUGUCUCAAUAUCCAUUAGAUGAGCCCUUUGUUUUCGAUGGUAACACUACUUCAUCAAAUAUAAUCACUGGUGUUGUCAAUAGUAUGAAAGCUAUGUUCGACAAGUUUGAUGGUCCUGUAACACCAAGAAUGUUUGGUGAGAAAAUGAGUCUUUCCGGUUUUGCCCCGGUCGGAACCCCUGAAAUGGUAGCAGACGCUUUUGAGGAACAGUUCAACGAGACUGAUAUCGACGGCUUUAAUAUUGUCUAUGUAUCGAAUCCUGGAAGCUACGAAGAUGUCGUGGAAUUACUUGUACCAGAACUACAACGCCGCGGUUUAAUGUGGCAAGACUAUGCAGUCCCAGGUGGUACUUUCAGAGAAAACAUUCACUCCAAGCCCGGUGAACGCUUUUUGGCACUUGAUCACCCUGGUGCAAAAUAUCGCAAGACCCAGAACUCAGCAGCAAAUAGUCAUGAAGUGACUGCAUCUUCUGCCUGA